CGCGAACGCUUUUUGUGGAAAAUUGUUGCAUUUUUGCGUUGUAUUGCGCAAGAACUUUACAUUUUUGGUUUAUAGUAUACGAAAUAGCAGCAGCAGCUAUUUAGCAUUAUUUGGAAGACAUGAUGGGAAGCAAGAAUGCAGGGCUGUGCUGCUAUUCGGCGGCUCUUUUUACCACGGUUGGCCUCACGUCCCUUUGCUGCUUUGGUGCCCAGCCGGUGAGAGCUGCAGCCGCUGCGGGUUCAAAGCAAAUGGAGGAGCGCAGGACUGACAGUAAAUUUAGAUUCUUUCUCCAGAACGGGCGUUUGAAUGAAGAAGAAGCGACAGAAAUUGCUGCUGCUCGGGCGCAAGAGCCGGUGCAAUGGGGAGAGCUGAUGG